CUGACGUUGUCUUCCGGUUGUCUGUAGCCAAGGAUGGCGUCUGGGGUGCCCACGAUGAGGCCGCUGGCGUUUGUGGUGUUGGCUCUGUUAGCUGUCAGUCAAGGAGAAGAAGGAGCCAGGCUUUUGGCCUCUAAAUCAUUGCUGAACAGAUACGCUGUGGAAGGGCGGGACCUGACCCUGCAGUAUAACAUCUACAAUGUCGGCUCCAGUGCUGCGCUAGAUGUGGAAUUGUCUGACGAUUCCUUCCCUCCAGAAGACUUCGGCAUCGUCUCUGGUAUGCUCAACGUCAAAUGGGACCGGAUUGCCCCUGCUAGCAAUGUCUCCCACACAGUGGUCCUUCGUCCUCUCAAAGCUGGUUAUUUCAACUUCACUUCAGCGACUAUUACCUACUUGGCCCAGGAGGAUGGGCCUGUUGUGAUCGGCUCCACCAGUGCACCUGGACAGGGAGGAAUCCUUGCCCAGCGGGAGUUUGACCGGAGAUUCUCCCCCCAUUUUCUGGACUGGGCAGCCUUUGGAGUCAUGACCUUGCCCUCCAUAGGCAUCCCCCUUCUCCUGUGGUACUCCAGCAAGAGGAAAUACGAUACUCCCAAACCCAAGAAGAAUUGAGUGCAGCUUCCUCGACCCUUCUCUCUCAAGAAGCCAGGUGUUACUAGACCCCAUAGGGUAGCAGAUGUGUUCCCUUGGCCCGUGGCCAUCUUGUCCUGGAUCCUGACUGCAGAGGGCAGACCUGGGAGUUGGCGAGCCUCCCUGUCCUCACUGAAGCCAUAAAACAGUACUGCCUUUAGCCACAGCUUUGGGCUUGAGGAUCCCAUCCGGUGCUGUUGGCAUGUUACUGCAAUGUGAACUCUUGGGGGUCCAGGAGAGGCCUUUGGACUCUGCCUGGCAUCCCCAUUCCCUGGCAGCUCCUCACAGGAGGGUAGAAGAUUAAACGAGAGCUGUGGGGCCUAAACAGGCCCUGUCUGCCUGCGUUAGGGGCACUCACCUAAUGGGUUUUCUAAUAAAAACAAAUGCUA